AUGUUCGGCAGCCGCAAAUAUCGUUGCGCAGAAGCUGAGGACGCUAGUAGCCUUGCCAAUGAUGCAGGUCUCGGCCUUCCAGCUUGGAACAUGGCCUGGGACCAGUUGAACACGCGCGGUUCGCAUGGAUAUUCCCCUGUCCUGAAAGCGAAGCAAGGUUGCAUACCAAAUACGCAAUCUUGGGUACGGAUUGGCGCCGGCACCGUGACGUGCGCUGGUCCUUUGAAACCGCCUCAGGCGCCAGUGAACGGUGAAGACCCUUAUGGAGUCACUCUGAGGCUUCUCAUCACGGAACUACUGCGCCUUUCUCGCGAGCAGCUCACCGUCAACAACCGCGACUAG